GAUAAUCAGCCAGCUCCUCUAUUUUAUCUGGGCUUUUUCCAUUUGAAGUCACAAAAUCUGUUUAAAACCUCCCACUCAUUUAUGAGAUUAUGUCAUUUUCGCUUGUUUUCCUGAAGGAAUGCUGCAUCACUAUUGCUUGUAUUAAUAAAAUAACUUAUGCAAUAAUUAAUUAAUUGGUAGGUUACCAUGCUUGUAUAUACUAAAAUUAUUAUAAAUACUUUUGUGUUUUGUCUACUUUGAGGGGGCCUCCGUACUGUCUGUGCCUGAGUAAACUGGAAUGAGUGUGUUGAGUGUUGUUUUGAACACUUCUUGUUUGGACUUUUUCUGUGUUUGUUGCAGUAUUUUCUGAAUUUGAUCGUGUAAAGUUUUUUUAAUUUUCUUUUUAAAAGCAGUCUUGUAAGCUAAUGCAUUUUGUGGGGUUUGGCAAGUGAAUGGUUCUUCUGAACCAUUGCAUUGAUUGAGCUCAUAGGUCAGGGUUUUUCUUCAAGUUAUUAUAUAUUAGGGUUUGGUCAUUUUGAAGUGCAUGCAAUUAUAUACCUGCUAUUAUAUAUUAGGGUUUGGUCAUUUUUAAGAGUGUACAAUAUAAUACCAGCGUUCUUGGGUUAUGAGUUUAUUAGGUCCUUACCCUUCUGCAGAACAUAUAAAUUGAUAUAUAGGAGUUAGCUGCUGUAACAAAGUGUCGUGGUACAGUUUUGCAUUCUGGGGUGAAAAGUUUCAAAACUGUUUGUAGAGUAUAUAAAUUAUUAUAUUAGAUUUUAGUUGGACUCUAGAAGAAUACUGUUUUAUUACAGGGCGCUGCAAAUAUGUUGAAUGAGCAGGAACUUUUUUCAACCGAGAUUGUGCGUAGAGGGGCUGAGAGCUCUGGCCCUAAUGCGGGAUCCCAGAGAUUCUCUAUUAGAGUUCACAGGAAACUGCCUGACUUUUUUCACUCUGUCAAUGCCAGCCAUGUUAAGUUGGGGUACCAUUAUUUUAUUAGCAAUGCUCUGUAUUUCUUAUCAAUUCCUUUGCUCCUUGUGAUGAAAGAAGCCUUAAGGAAGAACAAUUUAUGGAAACUGUGGGAGCAGCCUAGCCCUGAUUUAGUAAGCUUGCUGUAUGUAUGUGGUUUGAUUGGUUUCAUUGCUUGUGUCUACUAUAUGUGUAAACCAAGACCUGUAUAUCUAGUAGACUUUGCAUGUUCCAAGCCAUCUGAUGAAUUCAAAGCAACUAAAGGGCGUUUCUUGUCUCAUUCCCGGGAAACAGGGUUUUUUGAUGAUAAAAGCCUGGAGUUUCAGAGGAAUAUUCUAGAGAGAUCUGGAAUAGGAGACGAAACAUACUUUCCAGAGGCCAUUUCUGCCUCUCCACCUAGGCUGACCAUGAAGGAAGCCCGUGUAGAAGCAGAGAUGGUGAUGUUUGGUGCCUUGGAUGAGCUGUUUGACAAAUGCAAAGUGAAGCCCAGGGAUGUUGGGAUCCUUGUGGUGAACUGUAGCUUGUUCAAUCCAACUCCAUCUCUGUCUGCCAUGAUUAUCAAUCACUACAAGAUGAGAAGCAACAUUCUGAGUUUUAACUUGGGAGGAAUGGGAUGCAGUGCAGGGAUCAUAGCUCUGGAUCUUGCAAAAGACAUGCUGCAAAUUCAUGGGAAUUCAUAUGCAAUAGUUGUGAGCACUGAGAACAUUACACUGAAUUGGUACCAUGGCACAAACAGAUCAAUGCUUCUGCCCAAUUGUUUGUUUCGCAUGGGAGGUGCAGCUAUUCUCUUAUCCAACAAGAGAAAAGAUAGAAGGAGAUCAAAGUAUCAGCUAGCCCAUAUUGUCAGAACACAUAAUGGACAAGAUGACAGGAGCUACCGAUGUGUCUUCCAAGAGGAGGACUCCAAUGGGACCAAGGGCUUGACCAUAUCCAAGGAGCUCAUGUCAGUUGCAGGCCAUGCACUUAAAGCCAAUAUAACAACUCUGGGUCCAUUAGUACUUCCUCUAUCAGAACAGAUACUCUUUGUUCUCAUACUCUUCUCUAGAAAAGUACUGAAAAUGGGUGUAAAGCCCUAUAUCCCAGACUUCAAGUUAGCAUUUGAACACUUUUGUAUUCAUGCAGGAGGGAGAGCUGUUCUGGAUGAGUUGCAGAAGAAUUUAUCAUUAGCAGAGCAUCACAUGGAGGCAUCAAGGAUGACUCUUCACAGAUUUGGCAAUACAUCAAGCAGUACUAUGUGGUAUGAGCUUGCAUACAUGGAAGCCAAACAAAGAGUGAAGAAAGGUGACAGAGUAUGGCAGCUAGCAUUUGGUUCAGGAUUCAAAUGCAACAGUGCUGUUUGGAAGGCCCUCAAGACCUUUAAAAAACCCACUAAAGACCCAUGGCUGGAUUGCAUUGACAACUACCCAGUAGAGAUUCCAGAAGUCCAGAAAAUCUGAUCCACUCAUGGUUUAGGAAAUAAUUUUUGUCAUGGUUACCAAGUAAGGUCGAUGCCAGAGUAUUAUCCUACUUCUUUAUGUAUGAAAUUUCUAUAAAUUACGGUAAAUCAAUGGACUUGGUUUUAAAUUUUA